CUUACGAAGAACAUCCUGAACCUUGCAGUCGGAAUUGAUAACCUUCAACCUCCCCGUUUCACAUUGAUACAGACAUAUUUAUCAUACCUCCUACAUUUAGUCACAAAGAGACACAAAUAUGGCGACGGAAACGAGAGACAAGCUUGAGGCACAAAUCAAGUAUGCAGACAUGAGCGAAGAUAUGCAACAAGAGGCCCUAGAAGUUGCCAUUGAUGCCAUGUCGAAAGCCACUGUCGAGAAGGAGAUUGCAACGUACAUCAAAAAGGAGUUUGAUGCGCGGAAAGGACCUACAUGGCACUGUAUCGUCGGCCGAAACUUUGGCAGCUUUGUUACUCAUGAGACAAAGCAUUUCAUUUACUUCUACCUUGGCCCCUCAGCGAUCCUCCUUUUCAAGACGCAGUAGAAGACCCGGCUUCCUAUCGCCGUACAUGCCGCUGCCUCCGCCACGAUGUAUGAUACCUUUGCAAAUCUAGUCGCAGAUUGAACAAGACAGCGAAAAGCUUGAAUUUCCCAUUUUUCGCAAGAGUCUUUGCUUGUCCAUUGGUGCUCAUUACUUAUGAAAUCAGCACACUUCGAGUGCUUUGCUUUGAAUGUUAGUUUUCCACCGCAACACGCUUCGAGUAAUAAGAGCCGUUGCUCAAGCAUAUAUCCUUGUUUUUAUAGUAAGAACGGUUUCAAUAAGAAGACGCCUUAACUUCCGCACGUAAAUUGUAUUCGGGACAGCGCAAUCAAUCACUUUUUGAAAAGGCCGGAAUUGAAAUAUUUAUUAUUGAUAAGACGA